AAAAGUCAAAAGUCUCACUUUGGAGAUAGGUGUGCUUAAUCAAAUUACUAACAAAUUCAACUCCAAACAUAAUGUAGGCAAUUUAUGUUUCGUAGACCGAAAUUACCAUAAAAGCAUAAAAGAAAAAAAAAAGUUAAAAAGUUGAAUGAAUUUUGUGUAGAGAAACCGGUAUUCUUGGAAGAAAUAAACACAGAAGAAGUAAGAAAGUUUCUGGGGAAAUUUCUGCCAGUUGGCACUUAGAAUUCGUUCGUGAAACAAGGUCCAAGAUGAAAUUUCUCGUGCUCUUUUUAAUUUUCUUUGACUAUUUAAUUUCUUCAAUUAAUUCGCAAAGUUUUAGUGCUGAUUUCUUUGCAAGAUUAGCCCCUUCUAGUGCAGAAGUUUGUGCAAAAGCAGGAUGUAUUCGGGGAAAAGUAGAAACAGGACGAAUUAAGCCAUAUGAAGCCUUCUAUGGAAUCCCAUAUGCUGAGCCUCCAGUUGGAAAGUUGAGGUUUGAAAGUCCUGUACCCUACGGUGGAUGGUCAGGGUACUGGGAUGCCACAUAUCCGAGAGAUUAUUGCAUCCAGAAGGACUACUAUGGUCCUCCUGUAACAGAAAUUACAGGAUCCGAAGAUUGCUUGUACCUCCAGGUAUACAGGCCUAUCUACCGGAAGAAGGAUACACCACUUCCUGUUUUAGUUUUCAUUCAUCCUGGAGCAUUUCUUGUCUACGCAUCAACUCCUCCCUACUUUGGACCAGAAUAUUUUAUGGAUAAUGGUGAAGUAAUUGUCGUCACCUUUAACUACAGACUUGGUUUGCUGGGCUUCCUCUGCUCAGGUGACGAUGCUGUUAAAGGAAACUUUGGGCUCAAGGAUCAGCAACUAGCCCUAAAAUGGAUUGCCGCAAAUAUUGAAUACUUUGGUGGUGACCCUAAUUCUGUAACACUUCUUGGGCAUAAUGUUGGAUCUGCUUCAGCUAAUCUUCACAUGAUGAAUCCAGUAUCUCAGAAUCUCUUUCAUCGAGUUAUUCUAAUGGAAGGCAACGCUCUUAGUUCUGAUGUCUAUCCAAUAGAUUUUGCAACACAAUUCCGGAAAACAGCAAAGUAUGUAGGCUUACCGGAAUGGAAAACAGCCUCCACCUAUGAAUUAGCUUACAAGCUGAAGUAUGUGGAUGCAUCCCAACUUGUCAAUGCAUUAGGAAAUUUAUUUGCAUACUACGCAACGCCAUUUACACCAGUUCGACCCUGUAUUGAAGGAGACUGGGAAGGUGCUUUCUUAACGGAAGACCCAAGAAAGCUCUGGGCUGAAGGAAGAGUCGCACAGAAACCUAUGAUACUUAGCACAGUGGAACAUCCUGGCGAUAUUGGAGCCAUGAUUACGACAAAUGAAACACUCUUAGCUGGCUUCAAUAAAAACAUCUACAAACUACUGCCAAUUCAAAUGAAUUUUAAUCCCAGAUACAUAACAGAUGUUCUAGAAUUUUAUUUUGGGAAAAAGGACUACAUUGAUGAUACCAAUGUUAAUUAUUACUACAAGAUGAUCGGAGAUAGAUUUUCAUACUACCCAAUAAUUGCUCUUGUCAAAGAAUACCUGACGUAUGCUAAUUUAGAAGAGAAUCCGGUCUACAUGUUUGAACUUGCUUUUAAGAGUCAAUACCAAACCAUAGACUUUCUCAUAGGAAAAGAUGUCAACUUAGGCGUGGGAUACUUUGACGAUCUCCUCUACCUCUUCACUCAAACCUUCAUCAUCCCACCAUUCGAUGCGAAUUCUCCGGAAGGAAAAAUGAGCGACGUCAUGAUUCGAACAGUUGUUAAUUUUGUUGCAAGAGGAGAGAUCAAAGAAUGGAAGAGGUUUCAAUCUUGUACAGCCUCAUCGACACCCUUCUGCGAUUGGCAGGUGUUCAGUAGAUACGAAAAGUUAGAGCCAAAUGAAGUUGAAGUGUCCGUAUCUAAUGCAAUUGAUGUACCAAUGUUUAAUUUUUGGUCUAAGAUUGACAAUGGCAUCAAUGCUCUUACUAUUGAUACCUGCUCUUAAGGCUUCUUCAAUCUCCUAUGUUUCUUGAUUUUUUUUUUAUUAAAUAAUUAUAAUUUAAGCUCCUAUGUUUUAAACGGACUAUGUUUUAAAAUAAGAAAUAAUAUAGAUAAUAAAAGCUCCAUUUAAAGUUAAUACUUCAGAGAACAUUAAGUUUAAGAGGAAGCUAAAUUAUGUAGGUAAUUUUAAAGGAAUAAUUUUAAUAAUUAUUUUCGUUAGUUUAAUUAACUUCCCCAGUUACAGUUCCAACUAAUUACGUAAUGAAUGAAAAGUUGUGCUUGUUUAGGUGGAAGGUCCAAAAAUAAUAAACAAAAAUGAUUUGAAAUAAUUUUAUAAUAUUAAAUUAAUUUUACUUCAAUUUAAUUAGAGUAAAAGGUUAAAUUGGAAAUGGUUUUGAGAAUAAAUACCACUGCAACAAAUUCACAUUCAGCAUCAAUUACACUCAAUCAGCAAAAGUUUCAGAGCCUUUAAAUCAAUACUCCCAAAAUAAAUUGCAAAUGUUAGUUUUACGCUGAGUACCCUCAUUUAAUAGUCGAGGGUACAAAAAUAAGGACACUUUGAGAAAUAUUUAUUAUUUGUACAUGAUAUUAGUUUUAUUAAUAAAAAUAAUUUUUAAUAAGAUCAAAAAAUGGAAAUAUUAAUUUCAAAUUGUUGAGAAAUUUUUUAAACUAUAACAACCAGUUUAUGAUUUUUUUUUAUAAAUACAAAAACAUAUAUUCAGAAUAUAAGGAUAAUCUUUUUUUUUAUAAAAGGAUGACAUUUUUUUUAAUAAGGUUUUAAUUAGGUCCCAUUAUGUAGUGAAUAACCUAAACUAAGGUUAUUCAAUUCUUCAUAAAAUCAAUGCUAAUGACUACAUCUUCAAUAAUUUUUUUUCUUCAAAUAUCUUCAAAAGUUUUCUAAUAUUUUUAUAUUUUAUUGUAAUAAAUUUUUUGAAACAAUUUCCAUUAAAUCUAGGAAAAUUAAUUCAACACAAUUUAACAACAUAAAGAAAACGUUUUGUACUAAAAUAGUUUCCACCCAAAAAGAAACAACUUAAUGAAAAACAAGGAAAUUCAGCAUUGAGCUCCGAC